AUGGCCGACACCGAGGAUGCGGGCACAUCGUCCGUCUCCGAACCCUUAGAUCUGGUGCGCCUGUCGCUCGAUGAAAUCGUCUUUGUCAAACUGCGCGGCGAUCGCGAGCUCAAGGGUCGUCUCCAUGCAUACGAUAGCCAUUGCAACCUGGUGCUAGGAGAUGUUGAGGAGACCAUCUACGUGGUGGAGGAAGACGAGAACGAGCAAGAGACCCUCCGAACCAUCAAGAAGCAAGAAGAGAUGCUCUUCGUUCGAGGAGACUCCGUCGUUCUGAUUUCGCCUCAGGCAUAA